AUAUCUCAGCUGGGGCAUUGUUGUUAAACAAAUUCAUUUCCGUUCGAGAUGGUGCACACUUUACGUGAAAUAACUAACAUUUGUCGGCUUUGUUUGUGCGAAGAGCUGGACAUCCUAGUUCCUGCCAAGAAUGUAUUUGAUUCUUUGCUUACCUCGGAGGAUGUGGAACAUUUUACCAGCAUACAGAUCCCAACCGAUGACAACGUACCAUACGUGAUCUGCACCGAUUGUAGAAAUGGUUUAAGAAAAUCAGUUGCCUUUCGGAAGUCUUGCGUGCGCAACGAUCGAAUCUAUCAGCAAAUGUUCUCACAAUUCAUAGCCGAGACUAGGCACGAAACGGAUCGAAAGCUACCGCCUGCCACUGUUCACCUCAAAUCGGAAGAUGAUUUCGACGAAUGCGAGCAUGAAUUUCUCGAUGAAAUUGAAAAUGUAAACUGCGAUGAUACUGGUUUAAUUCUUGCUAGCACUGAGCAGUACGUUUCUUGUGAUGAAGAGCUGAUUGAGUUGGACAAUCGUCACGAUGUUAGUGAUACCGUUCUAGUGACACCGGCAGCCGUAAACGUUCGUGCCGGUAGGGGCAAAAGGCUCAUAUGCCCGAAAGCAAACAAAGCGAGCGAAAGGUCCAAGACGCUACGGCUAACGAAGCAGGCUGCCACUCCCAAAGCAUAUUCACAAGAACAGCCGUUCGUUCUGGAUUGGCCAUAUUUAACGAAACAGCUUUGCGACCUCUGUGGCCAGAUGGUUACCAACUUGAAGCGCCACUUGCUGAGCCACACCAAAGAAGCGAUGUACGCCUGUCCACACUGCUCCAUGAAAAUGACCGAUGGCUCCAAUCUCGUGCGGCACAUCAAUGCGGUGCACAUGAAAACGAUCGUCAAGACGUGCGAUGCAUGCGGCCAAGGGUUUACGCAUUACAACACCUACAACUCGCACAUGCGCACCAAACACGGUAUCGGGGAGAAAUUUAAGUGCAAACUUUGCCCGAAAAUAUUCAACCACAAGGGCAGCUUGAGGGAGCACAUCAGCCGAAUGCACACCUAUGAAAGUAAAUACGAGUGCAAGCUGUGCAGCAAACGGUUUAAGACCAGACGGGCGUUGAACAUACACGGCAGGGUACAUUCGGACAAUCAGCCGUACGCAUGCAGCUACUGCCCGAAGCGGUUCAAGAGUGGGUACGCUCGUAAUACGCAUCAGCUCACGCACACCGGUAUCACGUUCUCCUGCGAGCUUUGCCGAAAGUCCUAUCGGUACAAAUCCUUGCUCAAUAUACACAUGCGAAAACACCACCCGGAGGCAGUGAUCAAAUCGGAAAAUGCAGACGAAGGUGGUGCAGAUGAAGGAAUUGUAUAGAUAGACAAAUCAACAAUGCGGUGUAUUAAAAUCGUUUAACAGUAAAAAGUAUGUUAAAACUAACAGACAACAAA